UCCCCCAAGACAAUACAGUUGAUGUUGUUCCUUCCAACUGGCUUGAAACAACAAAUGAGGGUAUAUAUUGCUAUUGGCCUCGAAAAAACUUUACAGCCAAAGUUAAGCGCAGAGACGUUCCAGAUCCUGCCAUGUGGUCAAAACACUUGGCAUCUGUUCUGGUUUAUGCAGAAAACUAUGAGGAAGCCAGACUCAAGUCAAACCAGGCAACCGUUACUUCAAACCUGGAGAGUGAUGAAGAACCUUCCCGAAGACCAGUACGGCGGCCAGCCAGAUACAGAAGACCACUGGAGGAUAGUGAUGAAGAGGACAUGCCAGCACCAAAGAUGUCACGCACUGUAAAUACAUCCAGAUGUCAUGAGGAAGAUCAACCAUCAUCAAAAAGACCCAUUAACAAAGAUAACAUAAUGAGCACACCAACGUUCACCCCAAGGAGAGAAUUUUUUGGUGAACGAAUGGCAAAGAAAAGCAUUCCUGAAACGUUGCCAAGAAACACAUUUUCCGAACCUUGUUCUUCAGGGCUUUUAAUUCGUCAAGAACCUGAGUCUGACAGGGAACUUCUAUUCGAAGCUGAUGUGUCCCAAGAUGUUCCUUCAUCAGCUGGGCAAACCAAUUUGUGUAAGUCCAAACUUCUUAGUAGACUGGGAUGCAGUAUUGAAAUGAAGAAGCUGGAGCGAGCCACGUUUGUUAGGCUGGACAAACUGGAGCAAAAGAUGUCAGCCAUUGAAACUCUUUUAAGAACUGUUGUCCAAACAAGCGACACUUCUUUGGAGCUGAACGCACGUCACAUCACAGAGCAUAUUCCUGUCAACGUGUGCGAGGCAAGCUGA